AUGGUGGAUGAAAUGAAUUCUCUACACGUUGACGUCUCAUCUAUCUUCCCCUCCCUCCAUGUCCCUUCCUCCUUCUCUGCAACAUCAUCAUCAGGGUGUGGAGGUCGAAAAAUCAGCUUCGGCGAUGGUGUUCAAGAAGUGCAGCAAGCAUCAUAUUCAAUCCCAUUUGGGGUGUGGACAUGGGGGUUAGGUCGCGGGAAAGGCUUGGAAUGGGGGUGGGGUCUAGGUUGCGACUAA